CCCGGAGUCAUGGCUGCAAAGAGCUUCGCUUCCCGUCUCAGGGACUCGCGGCGGUUUCUGAAAGGCUUCUUGGCCGGGGCUGUAGUGGGCGCCGCGGGAGCGGGGCUGACGGCGCUGCAGUUCCUCCGGCGUCGGGACGCGGGAUCCGCAAGGCCGGCGAGGCAGCCGCACGAAUCUUCAGAAAAAGUUGUCUUGGAACAGUUUGGAUUUCCUUUAACUGGAACAGAGACUAGACGUUACACUAACCAUGCCUUGUCUUAUGAUCAGGCAAAACGGGUGCCCAGAUGGGUUCUGGAACAUAUAUCCAAGGACAAGAUCAUCGGUGACGCGGACAGAAAGCAUUGUAAAUUCAAGCCGGAUCCUACUGUCCCUUCAGCCUUCAGCGCCCUCAAUGAAGACUAUAUUGGAAGUGGCUGGUCACGAGGUCACAUGGCCCCUGCAGGAAAUAACAAGUUUUCCAGUGAAGCCAUGGCAGAAACCUUUUACCUUUCUAAUAUUGUGCCUCAGAAUUUUGAAAAUAAUUCCGGCUAUUGGAAUAGGAUAGAAAUGUAUUGUCGUGAGUUGACGGAGAGAUUUGAAGAUGUUUGGAUAGUAUCAGGACCUUUAACCUUACCCCGUGCUAGGACUGACGGAACGAAAACAGUUAGUUACCAGGUGAUCGGUGAGGACAACGUGGCGGUCCCCUCACACCUUUACAAGGUGAUCCUGGCUCGAAGAAGCCCAGAAUCUACGGAGCCACUGGCACUGGGGGCCUUUGUGGUGCCAAAUGAACCCAUUGGGUUCCAGCCCCAGCUAACCGAGUUCCAGGUGAGCCUCCAUGACCUAGAGAAGAUGUCAGGUCUGGUGUUUUUCCCCCGUCUGGAUAGAACCAGGGACAUCCGGAAUAUUUGCUCUGUGGACACCUGCAAGCUCCUGGGUUUCCAGGAAUUCACUCUGUACUUGAGCACAAGGAAGAUUGACGGAGCCCGGUCUGUGGCCAGACUGGAGAAGGUUCUGGAAGCUUUGAGGAGCUCUGGGGUGGAACCUGACGAUUACUUCCUGAGUCGCUAUGGGAAAAAGCUAGAGGAACUGAAGGCUAAGGAGCAGAAGGACACUCAGCUGGAAAAGCAGUCCUAGUGUCUGUCUAGGUGUGCACUGAGCGUCUGUAACGAACAGGCAUGCCCUCUCCAGGGAGAUGUAUUUUAGCAGAUUUAUUUUCAAGAAAUGAUGGAAUUCUGACCAAAAUCUCUCCAAAGACUCACUGACUCAAAACUCAGUUGUUUUCCUUUGCUAGGAUCUGAGUUGGCUGAGACGGUUUUAAAACUCCUCUCUUGUCCUGCACAAAUAACACUAUGAUUUAACGUGCUCAUGACCCCGAAGUCCUCCCAUCUGUCUGUAUCAGAGCAUCCGAUGACUGCUCUUCCUCUGUGCAAACCCUGCAUCUGUAUCAGAGCAUCCGAUGACUGCUCUUCCUCUGUGCAAACCCUGCAUCUGUAUUGGAGCAUCCAACAACUGUUCUUCCUCUGUGCAAACCCCGCUGUUCCCGUCUCACCUGUGGGGAAGAUGAGGCUCAGAGAACUUUGUAUCUUCCUCACUGGUGUUCUACAGAAGUCAUCCAGGGUCCUCAGAAUCAAGACAAAGUUAGAUGAGGGUUUGACUCAAGUCCAUACCUCUGUCCACGGCUAUUUCUGGUGCUAAGGCCCUCCUGGUGAGAAGAGUCUGUCUCCUCAGAAGAGUGAGCACUUCAUUUCUGUGGAAGAAACAGCUGGUCUUUGAAAGAUGGAGAUACUUUGUAGGUUUAACCAGAGCCUGUGGUUCCCUCCAGGGAUCACAUAGUACCAGAUAAGUGUGUUUCUUGGCUUCACUGGGGCCUUUCUAAAGGAGCCCAAGAAAGUAUGUGCUGAGAGUCACCUGGUACCUCUGGUCCUGCUAUCUGCUGGGCCAGCACACCACAGGUAGGUGUCACCUGGGCCCAAGGCCCAAACCAGCUCAUUCCCAGGGGAAAGAACAGCUGCUUUCUGUGCUGACCUCCAGACUGGUUUAUACAGAUCUUGAACUGUCCUGAGUACACAUAGCCUAGUAGCUUCUGGGCAGAAGGACUUGUCUGAAUCUGCCAGUCUGCAGCUGUCUUCCAACCAGUACGAGGGUAAUCUUUGUGGCGUUGUGUCUGUCUCUGAUAGAAAUACCAUGGCUUUACAAUAAAGACGAGAAGGCAGUGGCUGACCAUUUUGCUCCUUCAUUUGGAUAAAAAGAAGCAGUCGGGUGUAGGACACAGUGGCUGAUUAAUGCCACUCUGCUUAUCUUCCUGUCCCCAUUAACUUGUGCCAGUCCUUCUAAGGAUAGGAAGCCAAAAUGUCACUGUGACCAAAAGAAUCUGUUACUCUCUCUCCUCAGAAAAGAGGUGAUGGUGGGGCCUGAGUGUUCCUCCAGGAGCCCUGGGAAGGAGGCUGGGACUCCUCCUGGCUGUGUCCCAGGUCCUCACCAUGUAUCCAUGCAGCCGAGCUCUCUCUCCUGUGGCCAUGUUCCCCUCCGCCAUGCUGACCUGACUUGCUGGUGGCCAUGGACUUGCUUCCCAUGCUCUCCUCACUCAGGGAGAAUCUUGUCUAUAUCUGUAAGUUUCUGUAGCUUGGGAUUUUAUUUCCUAUGAAAGAUGCUACCUGGUCAUUGUGAGACAGAAAUAAGAACAAAAUAAAAAAGACAGUAUGCCUAACUGCAUUAUAUAUAUGUA